AUGCAUGAAUCGCGCUUGUACAUCGACCUCAUCAAGUUUCCCUCUGGCGAACAAUAUGCUAACUGGGACCCAUCGAACCCCAUAGAAGCUGGUGAUUACGGUGGAAUAAACUACGAGUCAGGGAAGUUUGAAAAGCAAGGAAACCUCUAUCGCGAUGACAGCAUCGCGGAGAUCACGACGAAAUACCCGCCCAUCCAUGGUUCAGAGACGAAGGAUAUGCAGUAUUACUCCUUGGGUACAGAUAUAAUCAACCCGAAGACUCAGUUCGAUCCGGAUAUUUUCGGGAAGUCGAAACCGCUCGUCGGUGGUCAAUGGCAUUUCAGCAAGAGACGUGGGGCAGUUCUGCUCAUCCAUAAGGCAAAGACGACAACGGUUCCGGGAGUGCUUCUUGAAGAAUUGAAGGAGUGUGAGUGGGUAAAAGGGAAAUGCAUCGUGACGCACGUUCACAAGUCCCCUGCAUAUGCAAUGUAUCUUUCGGAUAAGAAGGAGGGAAACGUCUCCAUCGCGUUGUGCCCUGGCCCGUUUUCGCCCAAUGAUACGAGCUCUGAUAAAUCAGGAGGAGAGAAGCCAAAAUGGAUUGCGGAAGGCAUCUCUGCUAGCGGCUCUUACCGUUCAGCGUCUUCGGAUGAGUCCAAUUUAAUACCACUAUUUCGACUCAAGGUAGUUGAGAAGCAAGGUGGGAAGAGACGCCAGAGUCCCGACCCCAUUAACGAUGAAAAACUACAUUACUACGAUGCUAAGGCACCAUGGUGGAAUCGUGGUCUUGAUUCAGACGGGGAAGAGUAUCCUGAUAUCGAAGAAGAUAUUAGCUCGGAUGACGACUAGUCGUAAUUGACGAUACCUGAAGCGUACCAAAGACCGCUGGUGUAGAGCUUAUCAGUAUCAACUUGUAUCUAUAAACUAUUCCUGUUAUAAAGUAUUUG